AUGCCGCUAAUAUACGCCCUUGUGGCUCGGGGCAAUGUAGUGCUCUGUGAGCAUGCAGACAGCGAGGGGAACUUCCCCACGGUUACCCGUCUCCUGCUCUGUCGUCUGCCAACCAACAAACAACGCAUGUCGUACAUAUACGACCGGUAUGUAUUCCACUAUAUCGUGGUGGACGGCAUAACCUUUCUGACAAUGGCGGAUGACAGUGUGGGCUUCGCGCUGCCUUUCGCCUUCCUAGAGGCCUUGAAGAAUGAGUUCUUGCCGCAGUACAGGGAAGCAGCAGAAACAGGGAUUGCGCUGUCUCUACAGGGUAGCAUGGAGAGCACCCUGAAAGCCUUGCUUGAUUCGUUCAACACCCACCAGACGGUAGACGAUUUCCGGCAGAUCCGCACGCAGAUUGACGGCAUUCAUUCGGUGAUGAUUGACAGCAUUGACAAAAUUCUGCAGCGUGGCGAGCGCAUAGAUUUGCUGGUGGAUCAGUCGGAGCAACUUAACCAGGAGGCCGUGACAUUCAGACGACAGGCUCGCCGAUUAAAGGAUGCCAUGUGGUGGCGGAAUGUGAGGAUCAUUGCGCUGAUCCUUGGGAGUAUCUCGAUCCUCGGAGUUAUUUUAGGGAUGAUUUCCUGCGGCGGACUCACCUUCCCUUCCUGCCGGAGCUAA